UUCCAGGGAGGCGUGUGGUCCCUCAGCACGGUGCUGUGCGAUGCCCUGAUGACCAUGGACGUGAUGCUGUGCACAGCUUCCAUCUUCAACCUCUGUGCAAUCAGCGUGGAUCGGUUUAUCGCUGUUUCAAUCCCACUGAACUACAACCGGCGACAGAUCGACCUGCGACAGUUGAUCCUUAUAUCCACCACCUGGAUAUUCGCCUUCGCUGUAGCAUCCCCUGUCAUAUUUGGCCUCAACAAUGUCCCAAACCGGGACCCCAGCUUGUGUCAGCUGGAGGAUGACAACUACAUCGUCUACUCCUCCGUCUGCUCCUUCUUCAUCCCCUGCCCCGUCAUGCUGGUGCUGUACUGCGCCAUGUUCCAGGGACUCAAGCGUUGGGAAGAAGCCAGGAAGGCCAAGCUAAGGGGCGGCAUCUACGGGGCCAACAGGAAGCUGUACCACCCCUCAACCUUUAUCGAGAGAGAGCAGGCUGGACUGGAGCCAGAGGGGUGCAACCCCUACGCCCGCUCUGAGCACCCUGGGGACUGUGUGAUGAACAACGGGAUCCAGACUGUCUCCUACCCACACCUCAAGUACCCCCACCCAGGACACAGUCGGAAGCGGGCCAAGAUCAACGGCCGGGAGCGGAAGGCCAUGCGGGUGCUGCCUGUUGUCGUCGGUGCUUUCCUCUUCUGCUGGACACCUUUUUUUGUGGUGCACAUCACCAGGGCUCUCUGCAAGUCCUGCACCGUUCCCACCCAAGUCACCAGCACUGUCACUUGGCUGGGUUACGUCAACAGCGCUCUCAACCCCAUCAUUUACACCGUCUUCAACGCGGAGUUCAGGAACUUCUUCCGCAAAGUCCUGCACCUCUUCUGCUGAGCUACUGGAACUGCUGGGGAGAAGGAACGACCAGGCUACUUUUUGUAUAGUUCAUUAAAGAUCUUUUUCUGCCU